CUUUUAAGAUCUAUGAUGUCUAGCUUGGUUUAAGCAUUUCGUAUUCACAAUCAACUUUUUUGGUGAUGAGCUGGUGUUUUGAGAUUUGAUGUUGUUUUUCAUCAUUCAGAACGUUGCCUGAAGCAGGUCCACCAUGCCGUUAGUAACGAGGAACAUCGAGCCAAGGCACCUGUGCCGUCAGACGUUGCCUAGCGUUAGAAGCGAGCUGGAAUGCAUGACCAACAUCACCCUGGCAAAUGUCAUCCGACAGCUGGGCAGCCUGAGUAAAUAUGCCGAGGACAUUUUUGGAGAGCUCUUCACUCAGGCAAAUACUUUUGCUUCUCGAGUAAGCUCCCUUGCUGAGAGGGUCGACCGCCUACAAGUUAAAGUCACUCAGCUGGAUCCCAAGGAAGAAGAAGUGUCACUACAAGGAAUCAACACCCGAAAGGCCUUCAGAAGCUCUACUGUUCAAGACCAGAAGCUUUUUGACAGAAACUCUCUCCCCAUACCUGUCUUGGAAACAUACAACACCUGUGAUACUCCUCCACCUCUCAACAAUCUGACCCCUUACAGGGAUGAUGGGAAAGAGGCACUCAAAUUCUACACAGACCCUUCGUACUUCUUUGAUCUUUGGAAGGAGAAGAUGCUGCAGGACACCAAGGAUAUCAUGAAAGAGAAGAGAAAGCAUAGGAAAGAGAAGAAAGAUAAUCCAAAUCGAGGAAAUGUAAACCCACGUAAAAUCAAGACACGUAAGGAAGAGUGGGAGAAAAUGAAGAUGGGUCAAGAAUUUGUAGAAUCCAAAGAAAAGCUGGGGCCUUCUGGGUAUCCACCCGCCUUGGUGUACCAGAAUGGCAGCGUUGGGUCUGUUGAAAACGUGGAUGCAAGCAACUACCCACCACCACCACAGUCAGACUCCACUUCUCCGCCUUCUCCUUCCUUCUCUGAGGACAGCUUGCCUCCCCCACCAGCAGAAUUCAGCUACCCAGCAGACAGUAACCAAAGAGGGUCUGGCUUAGCUGGACCCAAAAGAUCCAGUGUGGUCAGCCCAAGCCAUCCACCACCAGCUCCUCCUCUGGGCUCUCCGCCAGGCCCCAAACCUGGGUUUGCUCCACCACCUGCCCCUCCGCCUCCACCUCCGAUGAUGAGCACUCCACCGCCACCACCGCUUGGGGGAUUUGGGUCUCCAGGGACCCCACCACCACCUUCACCCCCAUCUUUCCCACCUCACCCCGAUUUUGCUGCCCCUCCACCUCCUCCCCCACCGCCAGCAGCUGACUACUCACCUCUGCCACCACCUCUCUUGUCCCAACCAGCAGGAGGAGCACCUCCGCCUCCCCCGCCUCCCCCUCCUCCGGGGCCCCCUCCUCCCCCUUUCAGUGGUGCAGAUGGCCAGCCUGCUGCACCUUCACCACUUUCUGACACCACCAAGCCCAAGUCCUCCUUGCCUCCUGUGAGCGAUGCCCGCAGCGACUUGCUUUCAGCCAUCCGUCAAGGCUUUCAGCUGCGCAGGGUUGAGGAGCAGCGGGAACAAGAGAAGCGGGAUGUUGUGGGCAACGACGUGGCCACCAUCUUGUCACGUCGCAUUGCUGUGGAGUACAGCGACUCAGAAGAUGACUCCUCUGAGUUUGAUGAGGACGAGUGGUCGGAUUAAUAACUCUUCUGCCUGCUGCCCACUCCUUUUUCUUUCCUUCCCACCUGCCUCCUUUGAUGCCUACCCCGACAGUCCCAAGGGGAAAAAGGGAGGAAAAAAAGAAUCUCAAGGGGCCAGAGCCUUCCCUGAAGCAACCAAAGAUAUAUCCAAGUGCUUCCUCCAAAUCAACAUGUAUUUCCCAUCUCCCCGAGGUCAGGCCCCAUGCGGCUCCUGAGGUUCAGUAGCUGAGAUGUUCCUCUUCCCUCCAAGUGACUGUUGCAUAUUGAAGAGAAGGGAAAACCCCAAAGCAGAUCCCUUUGAUUGGGUUUAAAUUGGAGUUGGUGCCUUCCCCUAGGAGCCAUUUUCUGUGGUCUUGUUCUAGAAUACUUGCCCUCAGCUACUUUGAAUAAUGCCAGCCAUCUUCUGGUCCUAAAGCCUGCCUGGACACAGCUGGCCCCUUUCCCAUGCACUGAGAGGGCGGAGCAGCCGCAUACCCAGUGCCUCCCCCUUCUGCCCUCAUCAGCAGGGUGAGGCUGCCUUUUGCUAAGCCAUCUCUAUGUCUGGAUGCCCUUUAUUCCAGGAGUCAUCAAGCCCCUAAAGAAAUGUCUUACCCCUCUGCUCAGAAACAAUGCCUUUCUGGAGGCAGGGGUGGUUCCCUCCCUCCCAGGGUCCCUCUCCAGAAUGUGGUGUUCCACGUUCCUUAAAUGCCCCUCCCUCACCACCAGGUGCCUCUAAGCACCACAGCCCGGUUCUAACCUCUAAUACUCAUGACCAAACUAGCCCUGACACACAGGGAUCUGGGCCUCUUCUGGCUCUCGGGAGCCAAGCUUAGAGACUUGUAACUGCAGGACUGGAAAAAGGUGGACCUGGGUUGAAUGAUGCUGAAGCCUAGAGAUGGGGAGUGACUUGCUCAAGGUCACACAGUUGGAUGAUGACAGAGCUAGACCCCAGAGUUCCUGAUUCCAAGUCACCUGUGCAUUCUGGGACCAAAUGAUGGGCACCUGCUGGAGCCCAGGCAGAGCAGUUCUUGGCUCUCAGACCUCACCACAGGUGGGGGUCCCAGUAGAAGGGCUCAGGGCCUGUGCCAGGCCUAUCAGUGCUGCUCAUACCCUCAUGGCCUCUCUUGUAAUUGUUUGCUCCCCUUUUCCUAUCACCAGCCAAGCACCUGGCCUUGAGAGCUGCCCUUUGAGGGGACCAGAGGUAGUGAGAGAAGGAAGCGGGUAGGCAGCGUGACAGGUGCUGCUUUCAAUUCCUCUGCAACUCCUCCCCCUUUUAUUUCCCCAGUUUAAGCAUAGGUCCUUCCAACUGUAGAAACUUCAGUCCCUCAGGCUGGCAGCCGCUGCAGGUAGCUGCCCCGGGGCGGGGGUGGGGGGGACUGGCGGCUGGCGGCCAUGAGGAAGGUCGAAAGGCAGAAGGACUCUGGGUCUUGUUUCCAGCCCCCUCCUCACUGCACAGCGCCGUUCCCUCCCUCACUCCCCCUUUUUCCCAGAGCUAAUACACAGGUGCUAUUAUUCAGAAAAAACUGGUCAACUUUGGCCAACAGUGAGGUUUCUUCUCUUCUGCCCUAACUAUUGUGUAGCCUCUUGUGCUGAAACUGGCUUCUGGCUUCUCCGGCUUUCCGAGCCCUGAAACAAAGAGAAACAGGAUCUGUCUCUACCCAGCACAGCAAAUGGUUAUAGUAAUUGCCAAAGCCCUCAUCAACCCCUCCGGCUUGAGGAGAGGGUGUAAUCGUGGGUACUGCCACUGUGCCCUGGCUGAAUGCUCCCCCUCAGCCUUCUUUCUGUGAACUUGGGGCGUGGGGACUGAGUCUUUAGAGGCCAGCGUGCCCUCCUGCAGGGGCUGCUCCAGAGUGUGCCCUCCUUCCUCUCCCAGAUCACACAUCUCUGGCACAGGGUUGGCGUCAGGCCCCAGUGCUGAGCGUACCAGACGGUAUGCACCCCCUCCUUGCCCCCCACUGUGCACUCUGGAAGCUGAAGGUGCUUUCUUCAGAACUCUAAAAUGGCUGUCGAAGGUGCCCCCGGCUGCAGCCCAGCAGUGACCAAAGUGGCAGGUGGAGGGCAGUGGUUCUCCCAAAUAGGAGUCCUGGGGCCUGGCUAGGCCAGGGUUUGGGCCUAAUGGCUUUGACUAAAUUACCCCCAUCCCCCUCCUUUCCGGAGAAGGGGGAGCCAGCACUACUCACUAUCAUUCUUCUCUGACCUUGAAGGGGGCGGUGUUGGCCUGGCUUCUGGAACGGACGGAGUCUGCCUUGGAAAGGGCUGGGGGCAGGAGGAGGUGGGGAGGGCCACUGCCUGCAGAAGGUAGGAUUAGAUCAUUAGCUCAGUGACCUCCUAGGGUUUCGAUAUGCUGUGUUCUCAUCCUACAGCUGGUUUGGUAAUGAUCUGAAAGUCCCGGAGAGCAACAGCACAGCUCUGCCCGAUGCUCUCAUUAAAAUCUAUGCAGCCAAGCUCGGCGCUUUGUAGCAGCCGGCCUUGCGAAGCCUCCUCAGCUCAGGGGGCUGGGGACCCAGUCAGCCGAGAGGCCCUCUGGGCUUGACUUAUGCAUAUGUGCACCAAAAAAAAAAAAAAAAAAGCUUCUUUAAACCCAGAGCCCUUUAAGAUGAUAAAGGACCCUGUGCAGGUAAUUGUGUAUCUUUGGAAUCCUGUAAUUGUAGAAUGCAAAGUUUAGUGAUUAUUUAAACUGGGCUGAGGCUGGUAAGAGUAUGGAGCAAUGGCCCCUAAGGACUCUAAGGGCUGAAGCCAAGGAGCCGCCUCCCUUCCCUAUUCUGCCCAGCCCAGGGGACCUGCCCCCAUUCCUGUGGCCCAGGGGCCCAGCUUCCACUCGGCAGUGUCAGAAGUGAGUUGUGACUCUGCCUUGGUUGUGAGAUGAGUACAUUCCAAA